GUCUAAGUACUUCGGUAACGUGACAACAAACUUAGUGCAUCUGUCAUAGCCAUGAAUUACAGCAUGAUGGUGUGAUGUUGAAGUUAUAAGAACUGGUUGCAUUCUAUUCAAAUUCAUAUAAUGUACUCUGAAGAUUCGAUAGGAUCAACGUUUGUGCAGCCACUGACCACAGCUUCCCUGCUUCUCUAAACUACUAUGACAACAGAUCCUCGUAAUGCAGAUCCUCAGCCUGAACAGCCAGUGGGAGUUAUGCCUAACAUAGCCUUUCCAUACAGCAUUGUUUGCAAGACGUCUGGAGAAAUUAUCAUUAGCGAAUGUGGAGAUCAUAAGUUGGAACCACAGAGUUCAGGUAUUUACGGUGGAAACCGUUCUGAAUGGAAUUGAAUAAACCUCGUAUUACUACCCGAUAUAUGUGUUAUGAUUAGCUGGUAGCUUUUGUAUAUUAUACAGAAUAUAAUAUUAUUAUAGUGCUUGGUGCUUGUCAUGUGACCUUCAGCCAAUCAGAUCUCAGUACGCACCCACGCGUGAAAACGUGUCUACUAAAUCUCGUAGUAACUCGUAUCAUGUUUACUAAGUGCCCGCGGCGCCGUUUCCUCGUGCAACCCGCACACGCAUCAAUUGGAAUGCGUACUAAUUGAGUUAGGCAUCUCAUCUGUUGAAAUCUACGUGCUAUAUCGAACCCCACGCGAC